CUAAUUAGAGUCUAGUGACUUCCUUGUGCGCCUGAGGGAGGAAUGAUGAGCAGGAACUGCAACUACUGGCAAAUGACACCCAGAAACCACACUCUUUUGUAAGUAAGAGGCCUUACUUACAGUACCCAAGUCAGAGCAAUGUCGCUGUCUUUGGAAGAAUUUGUCCAUUCUCUUGACCUCAGGACUCUCCCCAGGGUCCUAGAAAUCCAGGCAGGCAUCUAUGUGGAAGGUUCUGUUUAUGAAAUGUUUGGAAAUGAAUGUUGUUUGGCAACAGGAGAUGUGAUUAAAAUUACCGGACUCAAAAUUAAGAAGAUUAUAGCUGAAAUUUGUGAACAUAUUGAAGGCUGUGAGACUCCACAACCAUUUGAACUGCCUAUGAAUUUUCCAGGUCUUUUUAAGAUUGUGGCUGACAAAGCACCAUACUCUACUGUGGAAGAAAUUACAAGGACCAUCCAUAUUGGACCAAGUAGACUAGGGCAUCCUUGCUUCUACAGUCAGAAUGAUAUAAAACUAAAGAAAUUCAUUGUGAAGCAGGGUGAACAAAUUAUGCUCAACUCUAUAGAUGAAGUCAAUGGAGAAGUAAUGGUGCACUGUGAAGUGGUAAGAAAUCAUAAGAAUCACUCAUUUACUUUGCCUUUGUCACAAGAAGGAGAAUUCUAUGAGUGUGAAGAUGAGCAUAUUUAUACCCUCAAGGAGAUUGUUGAAUGGAAGAUCCCUAAGAACAGAACACGGACUGUGAAACUUACAGAUUUUUCAAAUAAGUGGGACUUAACAAACCCAUUUCCUGAAGGCUUUUAUGGUGCUUUGAUUCUCAAGCCUGUUUAUGAAAUUCAAGGUGUGAUGAAAUUCCAAAAGGAUAUAAUCCGAAUCCUCCCAGGUUUGGAUGUUGAAGUGAAAGACAUUACUGACAGUUAUGAUGCUAACUGGUUUCUCCAGUUGUUAUCUACCCAAGAUCUUUUUGAAAUGGCCAGUACGGAGUUCCCCAUAGUGGCUGAAGUCAUAGAAAUCCCUCAAGGAAACCAGCUCCUCAGAAGCAUUUUACAACCUGGGAAAACCAUUGUGAUUCAUGAAAAGUACCAAGCUGCUAGGAUCUUAGCUUCAGAAAUUAGAAGCAAUUUUCCUAAAAGACACUUCUUGAUCCCCACUAGCUAUCAAGGCAAAUUCAAGCGACGACCUCGAGAGUUCCCAACUGCCUAUGACCUUGAGAUAGCAAAGAGUAAGAAAGAGCCUCUCCAUGUGGUGGCCACCAAAGCUUUUCACCCACCUCAGGAUGAACUGACAUCCAUUUCUGUCGGGGACCAGUUUCUAGUGCACAAUUCACAGACAACUGAAAUCUUCUGUGAGGGAACUAAUAAAGUAGUGAAUGUUCUCACCUGUGAAAAAAUCCUCAAAAAUAAUCAUAAGGUAGCAAUGCUCCCUUUGUACAUGGAAGGAGGUUUUGUAGAGGUGAUUCAUGAUAAGAAACAGUACCACAUUUCUGAGCUCUGUGCACAAUUCUGCUUGCCCUUCAAUGUGAAGGUAUCUGUGCGAGAUCUUUCCAUUGAAGAAGACAUUUUGGCUGCAACACCAGGACUGAAGUUGGAGGAAGCUAUCACAGACUCCUAUCUACUCAUAAGUGACUUUGCCAACCCUAAGGAGUGCUGGGAAAUUCCUGUUGGCCGCUUGAAUAUGACUGUUCAGUUAGUUAGUAAUUGUUCUGGGCAUUCAAAAUUAUUUCCAGUCAGGACUCUGGUUGAAGAGAUCACUGAAGAACAAUAUUACAUGAUGAGGAGAUAUGAAAGCUCUUUCCUACACCCUCCACCUCGUCCUCCCAAACAUCCCUCGGUGGACGAUACAAAGUUAACCUUGCUAACCUUAGCAGAAGAAAGGGCAGUGGGUCUACCUAAGUCUCCCAAGAACCUCCGUGUAGACAUAUCGAAGAAACUACAUUCAAAUCAAGAUGGCCUGGAUUCAAAAGUACCAGUUGGUUGUCAAAAUGAUUUGGUCAGUCUGGAGAAGGAGCAGCAAGAGUGAGGCAACUGCAGUAGCAGAAACCUUCAAAAAUGAACAACAUCAAAAAUAAUGAGAUAUGACUGAAGCCGCAUGGGCAGUGAACAUAAAUGUUGCAUUGGAAAAGUAAGCCUACCAACUGAAAAACAACUAUUCCUCAAUGGACCCAGAAGGAAGCUGACGCUGCAAAAGAGAAAAUAACCUUAAAUUUUUAAGAGAUAAACCUUAAGAGAAACCCAUGAUAUG